UCUCGCAGCCGUUAGUCAAACCGAUCGCAAAACGAAUUCGCUCGCAGACUCGAUCGCUUGGUGCGAACGUUGGUGCGGAAGUUGAAGUGCCUUACGUGCGGUAGGAGUCCGCCUCGGUCUAGACAUUUGCGGAUUCCGACAUCAAUGUUGGUGCAUAUCGAGUGACGGAAGUGUGAGUGUAAACACGUUGCCUCUGCACGAAAACUCCCUUUGUCCUCCCAACAGUCGUGAGAAGUGCAAGAGUGAGUGAGAUCUUUCGAGUGUUCUUCAAGACCGAUAAGAAUUUUCGAAGUAGUGGAACAAGCCCGAGAAUGUCGAGCCCAAGAGGCAUUGGAGUGUCUCGUGAGGGCACAAGAGUCAUACUGAAAGAGAUAACUGCGACUCUUCACAAUUCACCAAUGAUAUAUCCUUCGCAAGAAAAGAGCGGCAACGACAACCUUACGCCGAAGACUGCGGAGCAUGAGGUCAAGGUUCGCUUCGCUCGCGAGUUCGCCGACGCGGGAUUAGUCGCGGAGAAUCUCUGCUCGGCACGGGAGAGCCUCUCGUCGGCCAGCAGCUUCCACAGCAUUAGCAGCACCCUCAGCACGAAGAGCAGCAGCGGCAUCUGUCCGGAUUCGACGUCCGACAAUUCGGAUGACAUCGCGAACACGUCUUACGUGAACCGCAAUAUAUCUGGCGUAGAAGACUUGAUUCUCGCGUGUGCCGACAUUCAUCUGGGAAGCGACUGCGACACUCAGAAUCUCAGCCAGGAUCAGACCUUCGCAUCGGCCACAGACGGGACGUCCUUUCACGCGAGCGACUGCUCUCUCAACGAGGAUGCGCUGGACAGCGUCGGUAAUGAGACGCGUGUGAUCGAGAAUUCUCAAUUGAAGGAGGCCUGCGUUUCAUUGGAUCAAACGCAUACUUUCGAAUCGUUUAUCGACGCCACUCUCGUUCAAGAUUCGGAAUCUGUGACUCCUCCCGCGAAAGCGGGUGCGCCGCAGAUUGAGGAAUCGAUCAAAAAACAUAUUCCACCAGAGGAAAGUGACAACACAGUGAACGAGUUUGAAACUGCAUGCAAUAUCACAUGUAGCAUCGCAGAGGAUUCACUGCCAGCGAGUGAUGCCGAUAACAAUCAGCUGAAUGUGACGGCUACCAUUUCGCCUGACAGUUUGAUCUCCAAUGUGGUCACGCGAGUCCUGAACGAGGAACGCGCGGUAGAAGAUAGUUGCAGUGCCGAAACGCCACCUGUAGAAAAUUCGGAAUUGUGUCCUAUUGAGGUUUCCGUUCCGUCCGCAUUUUCUCCAGUGCAACAUACUGAUUUGCCGUCACCCACCGUCUCCAGUAUAUUAUUAGAAGAUAGUAAAGCGAAAGAGAGUAGCGAGCACAAUUUAUCCGAACCGGCGCAAGAGGACGCAUCAUCGACGGCGUUAUCAUCAUCCAACGAUAUCGAUCAACAAUCGUCCGUAUUAUCGCAAGCAACUGUAAAUAGCUCUGUCGUUGAAGCGGAAUCGAAAGAAAUUAUUAUCAGAAAAGAUUCGCCGCAGCCAUACGAUUGCAUUGGUUCGGACAGCAAAGAAGAUAAUACUCAAUUGUUGAACACAACCAGUAUUGUAGAGCCGAAAGUAUUGGAAGUUCGAGAAAACGUACAAACGAGUGUCGACAGAAAAGAUUCAGAAAUAAGAUAUAACGUAUUGAACGAAACGCAGAAUAUCGUGCACGGUUCUUUAUCUGAGAAAGAAAACGCCAUAUGCAACGAGACGCGUGUUGUAGAACGUAAUCUGCCAGAAAGUGUAAAAGAAAAUCUCGUCGAAAGUGCAACUCCGUUGAAUGCGAUUAAAGAGAACGCGCUUAUCGAAGAAGAGCUCGAUCGUACGCUUACGUUGCAAGAGUUGGAUAUAAAUUUCGCAUUAGAUGAAGAACAAUAUGAGGAUUUUAAGCCUCAACGACAGAGUACGACAUUGUCGUUGAUCAACAAAGAGGCGGACUUUGAAGAACUUAAAUCCACCGCGCAACAACUUACUAAUGAACUACUUAAUCCUAAACUGGAGCUCGCAGACGAAACAGAAACAGAAAAGACAGAAGAGUUUGUCAGCGCAACGGCUGAGAUUUUCCAGGAUCCUUCGAUCUUUGAUUUUUUAUUAGCACGAAGUGACUCUAAUCGUAUAAAUCGCCUUAGAGCGGAAUCUUUGUACAUUAAAUUUGACCCAUUGGUAUCGAAUAUCAACAUGUUGCCUCAAGGAAAUGCCCAGUCAGUGAAUGAAGAGCAGAACGGCAAGAGUGAAUCGCCAGUUCCCAACGUAGAUACACCAAAACGUAAUCCUGCCUUAGCGGCUAUAGACAGGCUGCUCUUUUAUAGCCCUCUUCCUAGUGGAACGGACAAAAUAGAAGAAGCUCAAGAGAAAAAUGAGCAACCAGUAGAAGAGCCUAAAUCCGACGCACCACUUAUCGCCGAUCACGUAGAUAUGAGUAAAGAGCUUGAACUCGUAAGAACUACGGUACUACAAUUAGAAGAUGAAUUAGAGAAACAGAAGAAAGAGCACAAAGCAGAACUGGAAAAACAGAAAGAAAAAAUUAAUAAACUGCAGACACAAAUAGCGCAAGAAGUGAAAACCAAAAGCCAGAUGACGGUUGUUGUGGAAGAAUACGAAAAGUCGAUUAGCAGAUUACUUACGGAGCGAGAAAAGGAUCGUACAAACUUCGAACAAGAGAAAGCAAAGUUGCAAGAGGAACUGCAAGCCGCGAAUCACCAUUUGACUAAUACAGAAGCGGCAUUUAAUGAUGUGCACCAAAAAUACGAGAGGCUCAAAGGAGUUGUGUCGGCAUACAAAAAUAAUGAAACUGUACUAAAAGAAAGUAUUCAAGAAAAUGUAGAUACUAUAAAGACGUUGGAAACACGAUACGACCAACUCAAGGAGCACGCAAUGACUCAACUAGAAAAAGCCAAUCUGGAGUUGGAUGGGAUACGAAAGCAAAACGAGGCAGAAACCGUGAAAUUACAUGCGAUGAUAAGGAAAGCUGAACUCAAGAGUAAUUCGCUGGCCGAGCUCGUGGAGCAAAAGACUAAGGAAAAUAAGGAACUCACGAAAAUCCUAGACGAGGUUAUUGCCAGGGUCGCCCCCGGAAAUUCGGAAUGAGAAUAAGAAUGAAGUAUCGCGAUUUUUGGCGCGAUUAGUCUUUAUUUUUUUACACAUCCCUCAUCUUCGUUUUAAAUACAGACAUGUGUUAUAACUUUUUAAAACGCAAUUUGUAAUGACCUUAUGAGUUACCACAUAUACAUAUACACAUAUUAGAGAAACAGAAGAAAGAGCACAGAGCAGAAAGCAAAGUUGCAAGAAGAAUUGAAAAAGCAGGAAGCAGCUUUUCGAAAUCCAUUAAUAUCGAAUAUCAACAUUGCCUCAAGGAAAUGCCUGGUUAGUGAAUGAAGAACAGAAUGCCAAGAAUGAGUCGCUAGUUCUCGA